UCUAUUGAAACUGUAGCCAAUAUAAUCGCUAGCUGUAACAUAAUUGAGCGCUACUUUCUCCAACCGGAGCAUUCAACCUCUCUAAGUUGGUUGUAUCCCUUUACGUCUCUAUUCUAAAAUACUUAUCCUCAAUCCUCCACUACUGCGAUAAAAAUUGGGCGAUUAGGCUAAUGAAGAGUGCGGUUGUUUCUAAAACUGAUCUUGAAGCGAAGCAUUCCACCAUUACGACUGCAAAGAAGGAAGUUUGGGAUCUGCUUCAACUUGCCGAGUCUGAAAACUCACUGUCCAUUCUUACAAGUCUUAAGAAUGUGACGGCGUCGCAAAUAGCUUGGAAUAGCGACAUUAAUUCCUUCUCGGACGAGUUGAGGAAACUUGAGGAGCCUAUCAGAAGGACAGACUACCAUGUUCAGCUAGUCAAUGAUAACCUCGAGCGAAACACGAGAGCACAUAUCCUGAAAGCCAUUUCCACCAUCCCAUAUGGAGCACACCAUUGUAAGAGUUCGGAAGAUAACUACCAAAACGCUACACUUCCAAAAGGUAGAUCGAUGUCAAGUCGAGGGGUUGACGUUGUUAUCUACACCUAUAGGGACUACCUACCUCACAGACGGUACUGUGACACUCUGACACACAAUCCCUAGUUGUAUGCCAUAUCACUAAUUCGGUGUAUACGCGGUCAUCUUGAAAGUUUCUCU